AUGAAUACUGAUUUCUUUGGAGGAGUUGAUGUUGUUGUGAAGUAUGUCUUGGAGGGCCAUGAUCGUGGAGUCAAUUGGGCAUCAUUCCAUCCCACUCUUCCUCUUAUUGUUUCUGGAGCUGAUGAUCGCCAAGUCAAGAUCUGGCGCAUGAAUGAUACCAAAGCUUGGGAAGUAGACACAUUGAGAGGUCACAUGAACAAUGUAUCAUGUGUUCUUUUCCACGCAAGACAAGACAUCAUAUUAUCAAACUCAGAGGACAAAAGCAUACCCGUUUGGGAUGCCACAAAAAGAACCGGCCUUCAAACAUUCCGCAGGGAACACAACAAAUUCUGGAUACUCGGCUAUCAUCCCGAAAUGAAUCUCCUAGCAGCUGGCCAUGACAGUGGCAUGAUGGUUUUCAAGCUGGAAAGAGAACACCCUGCUUUCUCUGUUAGGAUCCUUCUACAGCACAUUCUACUGGGGGAUUCUACAACACUACAACAAUUACGAAUUGAGAGGUUACAAAAUUAG